UGGCAAAUCCUGCGGGACUGCUCCGACGGACACCUGUAAGCACGCAGACUCCCCGCCGAGCCGGACGCACGGUGCACGGGAAAGUUCGCCGAAAUCGCCGCAGAUUCUGAGGGAUCCCGAGACGUACCGUUUUCCGUCGAUCUUGACGAAAGUGGUGCCUGGUGUCUUCCACGCGCGUGUUCCUACGCGAGCGGUCUUUCCUUUGCCUUUUUUUUCGUUACUCGCAUGUGAGUCGACGCAUCGCGCGAAGAAGAAGAAGAAGAAGAAGAAGAAAUCUCUGAGAAGAAUUUGCGAAACGUCGCUUGGAGAUUCGUUUUAAUCAAUUGAUCCAAAAGCGAUCUGAAUUCGCUCUGCGUCACCCAACUAUUUCGGAAAAAUUGAUUGGACCGAUAAUCGAAUGCGAAUGCUAAAUAUGUAACGACGUCGAUAGAGGACCGACAAUCUCAGAGUGGAUAUAUAUAAAGGAGAUAGACGAAAAGAGAAAUUUUCUUAAGAUGCGUUAAACGGCAGUUUUCGUAAGAGUCAUCGUCUCUUCCACGUGGGAAAGUAUCGUGACUUUUCGACAGUACCCGCGCACUACAUGGAACGAUGGACGCGAUGAAGAGAUCUCGAAUCUUCGCGAGGCGAGUCGCGCCGCAUCGAGGGAUGGUCAACGGUGUUUGAAGAAGCGCGAAGAGUCGUGAUCUUCUCGAUAUUAAUCCUUGGGACGAUGAGAGUGGCGAUGUCAAUCCUUUAGAAUGCGAAACGAAGAAAGAUGCGGAUAAAGAAGCGAAGCGGUGCUAAGGUCUGGCUUCUGCUGCUCGUGUUGUUGCUGGUGCAAGAUGGCAGAUGUAUAAAAUGGCUCGGCCUCGGUCGCACUGGCGACACGCACACGUGGACCAGGGAGGCGUGCACCAGCGCGAAGAGCGCGGGUCUGCUGGAGAGGAAGCAGGCGAGGGCCUGCAGGGCUACGCCGGAUGUGAUGCCCGGUUUGGUGCAAGCCGCCAAAGACACGUCGACGGUGUGCCAGCAGGCAUUCCGACAUCGCAGAUGGAACUGCAGCAGCAUCGAACGCGCGCCCGACUACACGCCUGAAUUGCUCACAGGAACGAGAGAGCAAGCCUUCGUCUACGCGAUGUCGGCAGCCGCAGCGGUUUGGCGACUCGCGCGAGGGUGCGCUUUGGGGAACCUGGCGGCCUGUUCGUGCGCGACUCCCCCGCGAAGAGAGCCACCCUCGCCUUCCGCGCUUAUCUCGCCCUCAUCCUUCACCACCAUGUCCGUCUCUUUCGACACGCUGUCCGCGAGGAACUCCUUCAAGUGGGGCGGCUGCGGGGACGACGUGAGAUCCGCUUCAAGGAUGGCCAAGCGAUUUCUUCAGGGUGCAUCGCCGCCCGGUACCGGUGGGACCGCCAAGUUCAUGCACGCGAUCAACAUGCACAACAACAGGGCGGGUCGGAGGGCAGUCGAGCAGUCUUUGACUUUGGAGUGCAAGUGCCAUGGAGUGUCGGGUUCCUGCAGCGUACGUACCUGCUGGCGUGGUCUGGGCGCAUCGGGACCAUCCGCUGCUGGAAGUCGUUUGCUACGCAGAUAUGCCACGGCGGCCGAGGUCAGGCUGAGAUCAGGCAGUAGAUUGCCGCCCUUGUAUCACCACGAUAAUCUGCUCUACACCACCAAGAGUCCGGAUUACUGUCUACCAGAUAAGAAGAGGGGUAGCCUUGGCACGAUUGGCAGACAGUGCAACGGCAGCAGUUCCGGCUACGAGGGCUGCGAGUACCUUUGCUGCGGUCGCGGCCAUGUGACUAGGACUGAAGAGAUCUACGAGAGAUGCGACUGCAAGUACAUCAGCUGCUGCUACGUCAAGUGCAAGACGUGCAAGCGGAUCGUGAAGACGUACGAGUGUAAUUGAGAAUAAUGCGAAUCUGGGACAAUUGACGCGACGGAAACGUGACUUUGAUCCGCCCUUGAGGAGGAAGAGGAAAGAGAUUCGCGCGUCGCAAAUUGAAUACUAACAAUAAGUGCAAAAUUAAUUAUGUUCUGCGAAAUGUGCGCGCGUGCACAGAGAAAAAUUUCUCUUAGAUUUUACCCUUAAAAUUAUAGUAGUGAUGGACUUUGAAGAAUGUUACUACAAGUAUAUUAAAAAUUUUUAGUAAAUUAGUUCUUUAUAAAAAUUAUAUUUUUUGUAACAACGUAGCACUUAUUAUACGAAUUUUUUGGUAUUAUCCUAAUAUGCACAUUAUGCAAGUAUUGCACAAUAAUGGCAUUAUAAAUUGAUGAAAAUUUUGCAAUAAUUGCGUAAAAAACGCGUUUUAUAAAAUAAAAUUUCUAAAUAAUAUUUGUAAAAAAGUAGAAAAAAAAAUUAAAUUUAUGGAAUAAAUAUUUUACAAUUAUUUAAAAAACUGUUUGUUUUUUAACUUAACAUAUUAUCUUGAACUUGUUAUAUUUCAUGUUGCAAUAUUUCUAUAUUAUAAUUUAGGAAUAAUUAUGCAUUUUUGUAAACGUGUAUAUGAAUUAAUUUAUAUUUCUUAUACACAAUACAACAACGUUUUUUUUCUAUUAUUAAAUAAUUUUUUUCUAAAUAUAAUUUUGCAAAUAUAUCAUUAGGAUAAUUCGUCAUAUUGUUAUAGUUUUGUCAAAAUAUUAUUUUGAAAUUAGUUGCGCAAACAGUUAUUAAUAUUUUAUAAGAGGUCAGUACUUCUACAUUGAUCUAUUUGUGUAAAUAUAUUUACAUAAUUACAACUUAAUACUUUUAUGCAAGAUCAUUAAUAAAUUUAAUAAAAUAGCUUAUUGGGGUAAAACUUCAUUUUUCUGUUAAUCCGUGAGAAAUCAUGAAAACGAGCAAUGAGACAUUCGUUGAAACGUAAUUAUUGCAAGAUUACAACAACAAAUUGAGUAUAUAACAAAUAAAACAAUAAAAAAAGUUUUUUAAUAUCGAUCAACAAUCAACAAUUUGCGUAAAUAUUAUAAAAUUUAAUCGAACUCUAUAAAUUGUGAAAUAUUUACAAUUAAGUUAAAUUAUUUUAUGUUAUAAAAGUUUGAUUAAAUUUUAUCAAAUUUUAGUAAACUUACAGUAAAAUUCUUCGAAGUCUCAUGAUUUUGACGGUAAAAUCUAAGAAAGAAUUCUGUCCGAGUGAAAGAUGCGAAUCCAGCAUCCGCGACGAUAAUUACUUAGACGAUAAAUUAUUUACCGUGAAUGUGUACGACUCUUUCUCUCUCUCUCUCUCUCUCUCUCUCUCUCUCUCUCUCUCUUUUUCGCGCGUGGUGGUGUGUAGUAGAAGAGUUAUUUAUACCGUGCUACUUGCUAUUUAUUCGAUGUGUGUGUGAGUGUAUCGCGGCGGACGAUGGCGAAUAUACGCGCGUUCGUUCCUCCGCGACGGACUCGCGGAGUUAAAUGUAAAUCGGCGUCGUCGUCGACCUCGAGAACGUAGAUCAGAGCAGUGUACAUAGAAUGCUCGAUAUUUCGAUGUAACCUGGCAUUUACAUUCUGCAAAUACACGUUGCUUGGAAAGUGGCGGUCGAUCUCAAUCCCUCCCGGUCCUCGAGGCGCGAAAUCGUGGGAUAUGAUACAAUUCGCCGUUCACAUAUAUACAUGUGUCGAACGAGCGACAAGAUUAUUCAAUUUUCCAAACUGGAAAAAAUCUCGCGCUUGAUUAUGAAUAAUUCAGCAGCCAAGAGGCGAGAGACGGCGCGACGAAUUUACUUCACCGGAAACGGUGAUCAGAUACGAUCUCGAAAAAGUCUCUUGCCUGUUAAACGCGAAAUUCAUGCUUGCGCCAAUUCGCAACUAUAAAUCAAUGUAAUCAUUUAACGUAGAAUCGUUUCACGAGCAGUACUGAUAGAUAUCGAGUACUUUUUUUUUUCUUAAAUUGGAGACAGGAAUUACUUCCAAUUGUAACACGACGAUUCCUUACGGAGAUUAUAUUUUUCGCAUAAAGUGUUAUACGAAUUUUUUGGUAUUCGUUAUAAUUAUUGAAACUUCAUGUUUAUUUAAAAUUUUAUUCGGCGUGCGUGUGGUUUAAUGAAUUUCAAAAUGUAUAUAAAUCACACGAGAAAUAUUAGUAUGAAGAUCCAGCUAUAAGGCUUAUCUUUAACUUGAUUGUUUUCACAUAUUCGUCUCUUAUUAUUAUUCUUCAUUUUUCCGCUAAUUUGUGAAAAAUUGAGUAGCAACGAGACAUUUGUUGAAACAUGAUUAUUGCGACAGUACGACGAAGUGUAGCUUGAAUGUUUCAUUAUUAAUCGAUAAUUUGCGUAAAUAUUAUUAUAAAUGUUACCCAAGCCAAUUAUUUACGUUUAAUGAACGAUUAGCCAAUAGGUCUUUUAUGAUAUAUAAAAGUGUUUGCUAAACAUUUUUAAUAUUUAUUUAAUGUUUAUUAAAUCGUCAAAAUAUCUUGUAUAUAAUUUAUUAAAUAAUUUUGAAAACC